CAGCGCGGGCACGGCUCCCGCCGGCCUCUGCAGCACCGGCUCCCCGCCGCGGCCGGCGGGUCUCCGCAGAGCCAGCCUCCCGGCCGCGCUCCGGCCCCGCGAGGGGACACAGGAGGUCGGGCCGGGCCAGGCCGGGUGGGAGGAAGCGGCCGUUAGGCACCGCUGGCGCCGCUGCCCAGAUGUGGUGUCCGGGGGCGGGUGAGGCGGUUGGGCGGGCUCGCAGGCAGCGUCCCGAUUGGAGGAUUCGCGGGGCGGCCCCGCCCCCUCGCUACGGCUCGCCAAUGGGCGAGCGCGGCGCGUGCCACCACCGCGAGAGUUGCGCUGAAGCUGGCGCCGCCAUAUUGGAGUCGGGAGAGGCCGCGUCCCCUUCUCUGCUUCUCGGAGGGUCACGGGAGGGGGGGGGGGGGGGGGCUGGGAGGGCUGAUGGGAGGAUGCGCGUUCGGCGGUGAAUUAACGGGUCCCGGGAGCCCGUCCCCCCGCCGCUGUGCGGCGGCCAGCGCGGGGCAGGGAGGAUGGUGCAGUCCUGUUCCGCCUACCGCUGCCGGAACCGAUACGACAAAGAGAAGCCCAUCUCCUUCCACAAGUUUCCUCUUACGAGACCUGAUCUUUGCAAAAAAUGGGAGGCUGCUGUUAAAAGGAAAAACUUCAAACCGACCAAGUACAGCAGCAUUUGCUCAGAGCACUUCACUCCUGACUGCUUUAAAAGGGAAUGCAACAACAAGCUUCUGAAAGAAAAUGCCGUGCCCACGAUAUUUUGUUACACUGAACCUAGCGAAAAGCCUGAAGAAUUUGCAGAACAGCCAGAAGAUCCACUACCGCCUCGCCCACUGCCGCCGCCACUGCCACCGCCGCCACCACCUCCACCACCAGCAGCUCCAGUACUACCACCAUCUCCAUCAACUCCUUCUUUUCAUCUGUCUCAGAUAGAUGCCAGAUUAGUCGAUCCAAGUAUUGGAUUAUUGAUGCCUCCUCUCCAGACCCCUAGCAAUCUCGCUGUUUUUUGUGAUCACAACUAUACCGUAGAGGAUACAGUUCAUCAACGAAAACGAAUUCAGCAGCUGGAGGAGCAAGUUGAAAAACUGCGGAAGAAGCUCAAGACAGUGCAGCAGCGAUGCCGGCGUCAGGAAAAACAGAUUGAAAAACUGAGAGAGGUUGUUCAGUUUCAGAAAGAAAAAGACAUAUUGGCAGGAAAAGGCUAUGUGAUUCUACCCAAUGACUAUUUUGAAGUUGUAGAAGUACCUGCCUAGAAGUCACAAACAUCAGUUUUCACUUUGCUAGGCCAAGAAAUUUAGUUUGAAAACUAAAUGCUCUCUAAUUCUGUGCACAAGACUCUCCAGAAUUCUAAGACAGUAAAUAUGCAGUCAUACAAACAAGAUUACAAUUGUUCUUCAUGGUCAUUUCCGUUCGAUACACUUCGAAAGUGCAAGCAUCUCAGAAUUAGAAUGUGCAUUUAGUUUACAAAAUCUGAAUUGCUUUACAGAAGGAAAGGAUGCAAUGGUCAAUACAUUUAAACCCAGGGUUUUGAUUUGUGUUCUUGCUUUGUUUUGUUUUUGGUUUUAUGUUCUGUUUGGGUUUUUCGUUUGUUUGUUUGUUUUUUUACAGUGGCUGUUUUAUGCUUACAGGGAUUGGGGAACUGAAUCUGGCUGAGAGUGAAGUUGAGGUUGUUAUAUGCUUAGUUCAAAGCUUUGUCAAGGCAUUUAAUGUUGGCUUUGGUGAUCCCCAGGAAGUAGUUUUCACUGAUUUCAGAAGGAGCAGAAUUAGGGCAGCUAAGAAUACCUGCAAGUGCUGCAGAAAAAUAGAGGAAGUUAAGAUAGACAUUUCAGCCUGGGAAAACUUCCAACCUCAGUUUGCUAUGCCUUCGAAGCGCUGCAAAAAGUCUAAUUCCCGGAUGCCUUUGGUGAGGUAUGUAAAUGAACCUCUUAUUUUGGAGUAACCUUUCACCAUGUGUAUGUUGUGAGGGACAUGAGGAGAAUUUAUGGCAUAGCUGACGUAGAAGAGGCUUUUGUUUUGAGGGCACUUAAAAAACACUCCUGAAGUGCAGUGCCGCACUGAACAUACGUGUUAUUGGACUGUUGGCUGGAUCAAGAAGGCAGUGUACUGUUUUGGAGUGGCUGCUUUUCAAAAGUACCUUGAUAAUAUACAGUCCCCAAUAUGUUGCAGUGUGACAUUCCUACUGUAAUGGGUGGAAGGUUGCCCUCGUCCUUGAAAUUGUUCUUAACUCUCAUCUCAAUCAUGUGUAGCUUCAGGAAAGGAAGUUUUUUUAUCUUAUCCAGGUGUCAGGCAUUUGUGACUUCCAUUGCAGUAUGCUGUGGGUUUUCCCUUGCUCUCUCAGUGGUCCCUCCCCCUCCUCCCCAAAAGGUAUCCACCAAAGGGCAGUAACGGAAUUAGACUUUGGGAGCUGCUUGGUGCUAGACUGGUUUUUAAUAUCUCAAAUGCUGCUGCCUCUCCUUUAGCCUUAUUAAGACUCUUUAUAAAAGUGAAUUUAGCAUGACAAAGUAGUGAAGCAGUUUGCACUUACUGUCUGAUAAUUUAUUUAGUCAAUGAACUCAUUCAAAAUCAGAGAAAAUGGUAUCAUGCUAACCCUGUUGUAGCCUUCACAGCUGAAAUUCCUGGGUAUAUUAGACACAAGACUAAUUAGACUUUUCUCAGUCCGUGUCAAACUUGUCUGUAGCGUGGAUUCUAGCUCUGAUACUAAUCAAGGCCUAUUCAUGAUGGCUUUAAAAGCUUCCGUUACUAUCCUGUUAGCACAACAUCUUGAAAUGUUUUGAACCAGUCUUUAUACUUCUGACCUCACUCAUGCCACAUGUCUGCUUUCCCAUUUCAUAGACUUAAGAUGAACAAAAUUGCUGGUGCAUCCUUUUGUGUACAUUUAUGAUACAUGAUUAAAAAUAAAAAGCAAAUGGUGUGUUAGAUUUUUAACUACUCUUUCUCCUCUUUUCCCAGGACUUUGCCAGAACUAGCUUGACAUUUUGUGAUUUGUUUUUUUUUCUAAAGUAGCUCCCUGGUUGAGAUGCUGGGUUUUUCUCACAGCAUUCCCAAGUCUUGUUGCUGUUACGCUUUAUACUUAAAAUAAACUUGAAAAUGUUCAAAUUCAAAAAGUGACAAGGAAAAGACGUUUACACAACUGUUGCUAUGCUUUUGGCAUGUGUGGCCACAUAGCAGAUUGUUUCUGUUUUCUAUGCAAUAAUACCCUCUCUUCUUACUCUCUGGGAAUUUAAAGUGUGACUUCCUGAAGGAGGGCAGGUUGCUGCAAUACCGCACCCCUGCGGCUGGGGUGCUCCAGCCAUUCCACUCUUCCUCCUGCCAUGUUGUUGUGCACUGCCGUCACCACCCUUCUUAUUUGUACCAGUUCUGGUGCUGGGUGCAUCCUUCCGUGGGCAACUCAGCUCACUAAAGCAGCAGGUUUGGCUUGUAGUGGAGAGACAGAGGAAGAUCAGUGGUGUCA